CUCUGAGCCCUGCUGUGCGGGAGGAAGGACACGUCUCUGCGCAGUGACUAGGAGCUCAGACCGGCCACGUCUGUGGGGGACAGAGAUGGCAGCUCAGAGGCCCCUGUCCCUGCAGUGCUGCCUGCUGUUCCUCUCUGUGGCCACCUUGGCCGGAGGCGCCGGAGCAGUCCAGGUUCCUGAGCCGAGCAAAGACUGCACAUCCUCACUCCAGUCCCUGCCGCGGAGCUGCAAGGAAAUUCAGAAGAAGAGUCCCAGAGCCAAGGAUGGCCUGUACUUACUCCGCACCAAGCAAGGGCUCAUCUACCAGACCUUCUGUGACAUGAGCAUGGAUGGCGGUGGCUGGACGCUGGUGGCCAGCGUACACGAGAACAACAUGGCUGGCAGGUGCACGGCGGGGGACCACUGGUCCAGCCAGCAGGGCAACCGGGAAGACACCCCCAAGGGGGACAACAACUGGGCCAACUACAACACCUUUGGGACUGCAGAGGCAGCCACCAGCGAUGACUACAAGAACCCCGGCUACUACGACAUCCAGGCUCAGGACCUGGGCAUCUGGCACGUCCCCAAUGACACCCCGCUACCCUCCUGGAGGAACAGCUCCCUGCUAAGGUACUACACCUUCGCCCACUUCUUCCGGAGAUACGGAGACAACCUGUUUGGCCUCUACCAGAGAUACCCCGUCCAGUACGGCAUUGGCAGAUGCUGGUAUGGCAAUGGCCCGGCCGUUCUUGUGGAAUAUGACUAUGGGAGUCCCCAGAGAACCGUCUCCUACUACUCCCCCAAUGGUCGACGGGAAUUUGAUGCUGGAUAUAUCCAAUUCCGGGUGUUUAAUAACGAGGGAGCAGCCAACGCCCUGUGUGCAGGGAUGAGAGUUACCGGAUGCAACACAGAACACCACUGCAUCGGAGGAGGGGGCUUCUUCCCGGAGGGCAACCCCAAGCAGUGUGGGGACUUCUCUGCCUUCGACUGGAAUGGGUACGGGACUCACAGAGGAUGGAGCAACAGCCGGGCCAUCACCGAGGCGGCCGUGCUGCUCUUCUACCGCUGACCGCGCCGGGAGCCCCAGGGCAGCACCGACUUGUCCCAGCCAGACAAAACCAACUACGGUGUGUGAACAGGUGCACAAGACAAAAAAUCCCUCCAUCCUGGCGCUGGUGUCUGCAAUCCUUUUGCAAAUUAAGUGAAGUGUAGGAAGUAUUCAUUUAUAUCGGGGCUGGAGAGACGGUACAAAGGGUAGGGCAUUUGCCUUAUAAACAGCCAACUUGAGCUUGAUUCCUGGUACCCUGGUAAGGUCUGAGCACGGCUAGGAGAGAUUCCUAAGUGCAGACGAUGUGACCCAGGCACCAAAACAAAACCAAAACCGGAGUGUCAUGGAUUGUGAUUAUUUGUGUGGAUUGUUUGUGUGCGCGCGUCUGUAUUUGUGUGUUUUGCAGGGAUGCAACUCACACCCACACAUUCUUUGCCAUGACCCCUCCCAGCCACGUUCUAUUGAAACCAAGAUUUUGCCCCUCCCAUGGGCUGUGUCACCUGUCACCGGGUCACUGCGGGGUAUCGUUGUGGACACUUCUUGGUUCUCACAGUCUCAGGUGGGGCGGAGGAAUAUUCCGGUUCAUGGUAACAGGCCCCUCCUCUCCAAGCCCUACCCCACUGCCCAGGGACCCUCAGCACCCACCACCCACCUGGGCUUCUAGAAGCUAGGAUACCCUGACCCACACGUGGGAUCCUGUCUCACUGACGGUGCUGCCUCAAAUCCAUCCUCAGCACAGGGCUGAGUGCUGGGGCGGCUGAGUUAUCAGCCCCUGUCACCCCAGCACUAUCCUGGUAGAAAUUCUGA